CCCGCCACGCCGCCCCACCGGAAGGACCCUAUGCCGCCGCCUGCUCCCGCCGGCCUACCGCGCGGGCGAGCCUUCUCCGCUGAGGCCGACUAUGCGCUCCCCCCCUCGGCCGAGGAUGCACGGCCAUUGGCCCCGGUGAAGUCCCUGGCCGGGGGAUUGGCCCCGGAGUGUGCGGCCGCCCAGCCGAGCCCCAACUACGGCAUGCUGCACGGCACCUUGCCAUGCUUGCCGGCACAGGCCCCCGGCACGCGUGUCAUCUACGAGGACCUGGACUCCGGGCUGAUGCGCGUGACGCACACUCGCGCCGAGGCCUCCCGGCGCCGACGGACCGAAACCUCCCUCAUGAUGUUCCUCUCGCACUAUCUCCUAUGGGGCCCUCUCUUUGUGGUCAGCAUCUUCCUGGUGUACCUGCUCGGGACCAGGUGGCUGUUUGUCGGCUUCGAGGGGAUGCUCGCGCGCCGAUCGGCGGCCCUAGGCCUGGCCACCCUGCCGGUCCUGCUGUAUCUCCGACUCCGGGAGUCCCUGUCGCCGACUCGCUCGGACCGGUCGGCCCCCUCGUGGAUCCGGGAGUCCCCGGCCUGGGGUCUCAUCCACACAUACAUGCCCUUCACGGCCAUCCGCACGACUCGCUUGAAUCCCAACCGCCGAUAUGUGUUUGCCUCGCACCCCCACGGCAUCUUGGUUCUCAGCCGCCUGGUGCAAUAUGGCGGCCUAUGGGGCUGGCUCUUCCCCACGGCCGACACCGUGCAUCCGGCCGAUCCGCUGACCGAAACGACCCUCAUUACCCGGGCCGGGGGGGUGCUUUCCCAGCCGCGGCCCGCUUCCUCCCGGCCGACCGCCAGCCAGGGCCCCCUCCCGCCGCCCAGUCAAGAUCCCACCCUCCCCAAGCCCAGCCGGGCCUCGCGCUAUGGCAUCCCCUACCGCAUCCUCGGCGCCACGCCCAUCUUCCGGGUACCCAUCAACCGCGAAUUCGCCGUCCUCUGUGGCCUGAUCGAUGCCAGCCUGCGCUACGCCGUUCGGGCCCUCACUUCCGGUCAGAGUGUGCAGGUGUUCCCCGGCGGGUCGGCCGAAAUUUUCAUGAUCGACCCGGACAUGCCCCAUGUUACCCGGGUGUUUUUGCGCAAGCGCAAGGGCUUCAUCCGCUUGGCCCUGCAGCAGGGCUGCGACCUGGUGCCCAUGGUGUGCUUCGGCGAGGAGGCGGCCUUCCGCACGUGGAAGCCGGCCCCGGCCGCCAGCCGCUUCCUACUGCGCACCCUGAAGAUGCCGUUCCUCCUCUUCUGGGGGCGCUUCUUCAGUCUCCUCCCCCGUCAGGGCCCCCUGACCGUGGUCUACGGUUCUCCGUUGGUGGUGCCCGAUGAGUAUGCCAUCUCCGGGGAGCCAGUCCCCGAGGGCCUGGUGGAUGAGUACCACGAGCGGUACAUCAGCCUCCUGCAGGACACAUGGGACACCUGGCGCAUCCAUGCCCCGGGUUAUGAGCAAGCCGAGCUCAUUAUCGAGUGACGGGGCAUGAUCCGGGGC